AAUAUAGUGACGUAAUAUCCGAUUCAAUCAUACAUAUAUUUGCAAUAAUAAAAAAGAAGAGGGGGCAAUAUGGAAAUUAAGAAACGUUGAUGCCUGCUUUUCGAUCCCAAAUCGCGUCCCGUUUCGUUCCGAUCUAACCUUCUCUCAUCAUCUUCAAUCCCACGAUUCAUUUGAUUUCAUAGCUCCCUGCAUCAUAGAAUAUCUCCAUCGUUGAUUUUAGUAUCUGUAUGUGUAUAUAGUAUACACAGUGGUAUUAUAAUUAUAAUAUAUGGCUGGGCAGAAUCAAGGAGGCGGAGGUAAUGUAGACUUGUUCGAUGCGUACUUUAGGAGAGCAGAUUUGGAUCACGAUGGUAGAAUUAGUGGAGCUGAAGCUGUUUCCUUCUUCCAAGCUUCCAAUUUAUCUAAACAAGUUCUCGCUCAGAUAUGGAUGCAUGCUGAUCAGAACCGUACAGGCUUUCUCGGUCGUGCAGAAUUUUACAAUGCCCUUAAACUUGUAACUGUGGCUCAGAGUAAGCGCGACCUAACACCAGAUAUUGUAAAGGCAGCAUUGUAUGGCCCUGCUUCGGCUAAAAUUCCUGCUCCACAAAUCAAUCUUGCAGCUCUAUCUGCACCUCAAACAAAUUUAACGCCUCCUGCAACUGCACCUCAGAUUAGUCCAAGGCCCCCUUAUACUGCACCUCAGGUUAAUUCCAGGGGCCCUUCUCCGACCCCUCAUGCCAACCAAAUGCCCCCUUCUUUACCCCAGACACAAAAUUUUGGCUUCAGAGGACAAGUACCCCCAAAUACAGGUAUGAACCAGCAGUAUUUCCCCGCCCAAGCAAACCAAUCUAUGGGGUCACCUGUCCCUAUGCCAUCUGGUACUGCCCCACGCCCGCUGCAAGGUGUUUCAGGUUCUAGUUUUCUUGGUGGUGGUAGUAUAACUAGUUCUCCUGUCUCAGCAAACCUUUCAAAUGACUGGCUUGGGGGUCAAAGUGGUGUGUCUUCUACUGGACCACCAUCAUCUCAAGUACCUAGCAGAGGGAUUAGCCCGUCCAUUCCCUCCUAUGGGCAAAAGUUGCCUGAUCCAGUUUCGAUUGCUAAAUCACCUGCUGGUCCAGGAAAUGGUUUUGCUUCUAAUUCAAUGUUUGGAGGUGAUAUGUUUUCUGCCAACCAGUCGGCACCGAAGCAAGCAUCUUCGGCCCCAACGUAUUCUGCUAAUACCGCACCUUCGUCGUCAGGCAAUCCUCCAGUAACUUCUGCGACACAACCUUCAACUAAGCUUGAUCCUCUUGAGUCUUUGAAUGCCUUUACAAGACAGUCUAAAGGAGGUAUUUCUGCAAGUCAGCCAGUAUCAAAACCAAACCAGCAGCUUCCUGUUCAGAAUAAUAGCUCAGUUGGUUCAUCUGCAAUGCCAGCAGAAAUGGGCAACUCAGCUUCCUCCCAGCCCCAACCUUCUUGGCCGAAAAUGACCCGUGCUGGUAUACAAAGAUAUCACAAAGUCUUUGUGGAAGUAGACACUGAUAGAGAUGGGAGAAUCACUGGUGAACAAGCUCGCAACUUAUUCUUGAGCUGGAGAUUGCCAAGAGAGGUCUUGAAACAGGUAUGGGACUUGUCAGAUCAAGAUAAUGAUAGCAUGCUUUCCUUGAGGGAGUUUUGUGUUGCUCUCUAUUUAAUGGAACGAUAUAGGGAAGGACAACAUCUUCCAGAGACACUUCCUAAUAGUGUAAUGCUUGAUGAAACUCUGUUAGCACUGGCAGGACCACCAACUGCUUCUUAUGGAAGUACAGCAUGGGGAUCUGCUCCGGGUAUGAGAUCACAAGGGAUGCCCGGUUCCCAACCAGUGAAUUCUGCUGCAUCGAGGACUCCUAUGCCAUCAGGAUUUUCUAAUCAGCAGAAGGCAGGAGUGUCAUCAAUGGAAAAUUCUCAGAUGUCUCAACAGAGUAAUGGGGGGCACCCUUCAGCUGAUGUGAAAAAUUCUGAGGAAUCUGAAACUGAGAAAGUGGUUGAAAAUAAGGAGAAAAUGCUGCUGGAUUCAAGAGAAAAACUGGUGUUCUACCGGGAAAAAAUGCAGGAUCUUGUAUUGUUUAAAAGCAGAUGUGAAAAUCGACUUAAUGAGAUUACAGAAAGGGCUAUAGCUGAUAAGCGUGAGGCUGAAUUGCUUGGUAAGAAAUAUGAAGAGAAGUACAAACAGGUUGCUGAGAUCGCCUCAAAACUGACAAUUGAAGAGGCUGCAUUUCGUGAAAUUCAGGAGAGAAAGAUGGAAUAUAAUCAGGCAAUUAUUAAAAUGCAACAAGGUGGCAGCGCAGAUGGUAUCCUGCAGGUUCGUGCUGAUCGGUUACAAUCCGAUCUUGAGGAGCUAUUGAAGGCAUUAACUGAGCGUUGUAAGAGACAUGGGGUGCAAAUUAAGUCAGCUGCAGUGAUAGAGCUUCCCAAGGGGUGGCAGCCCGGAAUUCCAGAAGUCUCAGCUAUCUGGGAUGAAGAAUGGGACAAGUUUGAUGAUGAAGGAUUUUCGUUCGAUGUUUUGGCCCCCACAGAUGCCAAGUCUGGAUCCUCUCACAACGAAAUUUCUUCUCCAAAUGACAUUCUUUCGCCUGAUAAUCUUUCAAAUAUGGAUGACAAGUCCGAAAAUCUCUUUAAUCAAGGCGAAGAUACCAUCGAGAAUGAAUCGGCAUUCAACCAUAGUGGAGAAAUGUAUGUAAAAAGUCCUACAGAAAGUCCAACAAGGCAAAAUGAAUUUGAAAGCCCAUCUCGUGACGGUUCAGAUAACCAUUUCAGAAAGAGCUUUGAAGCAGACAACGAAACUCAAAGAAGCUUUGAUGAACCAACGUGGGGCACCUUUGACAAUAAUGAUGAUACAGAUUCUGUGUGGGGCUUUAGCUCCAUGAAUGCUAAGGAUUCAGAUCAUGAGAAACAUGGAGAGAAGUCUUUCUUUGAAUCUAGCAAUUUUGCAGGAAGUCCUGUGAGAACUGGAUCUCCCGAUGCAAAUGAUUUAUUCCCCAAGAAAAGUCCAUUUGGUUUUGAGGAUUCAUUUCCAAGCUCUCCACUAUCUAGAGCUGGUAACUCUCCAUCAAGAUACAGCGAGGCAUCAGGGGAUCAGUUCUUUAACAAUAUGUCCAGGUUUGAUUCGUUUGGUGGUGAAGACCGGGAUGUCUCUUCUCGACGGGAAUCCUUUGCGAGAUUCGACUCAAUGACCAGCAGCUCAGGCUUCGACCAUAGCCGAGGGUUCUCCUUUGAUGAUAGUGACCCUUUUGGCUCAAGUGGUCCAUUUAAAGUCUCAUCUGGUAGCGAAACACAGAAAAAGGAAUCUGAUAAUUGGAAUGCUUUUUAGCUGGCCACAUGAUGCUGUUGAUCUAUUUGAUCACUUAUCAUUCACAAUACAAGUUCAGGUCUGUAUGUUGUAUAGCCUGGAAGAAAAAUCAUUACCCCAGUUUCCAAGAGUGAAAAUUAAGAGAGAGAGAGAGAGCAUGUACAAUGUAUUGCACAAGAGGGGUGAUUGUUUAUUUUUCAUUAUAUUUUUUAGGUUUUUGUCAUUUGUGUGAGGAAACUGGCGAUUAGGCAUCAUUGUUUUACAUAUUGAAGAGAUGUAUGUGUUUCUGUUUAGUUUGAUGAUAAUGUAUACAUUCUUUUUCCCGUA